AUGGCAGUGAUGACCCGAUCUUCUUUAAGUGUGUGGGUACUAGAUGAUGAAUCCAAGGAAACUUACAACUCCUGUUCUUUUGGUUCAUGUGGCUUGAGUAGUGGUGGUGGUUCUGGUCAAUGGUGGCGGCUAGGGUUGCGAUUGGAAGAAGAAAGAAGAAAAACGAGCACUUUACUUUCACUUUCCAAAGGCUGCCUGCUUCCCACUCCUUCAGCUCUCUCACUCACUCCCCGAGUUUGCUGUCCACCACCGGCUACUGGUCUGACGGUAUUUCGGCACUGGCCGCCGCUCUGCACCGGUGAUCUGACAGAGUGUUUCUGUCACCGCUUGUCGCUCUCCUUAGUUUUAAAUCCCCUAAUAUAUACCUUUAAGACAACGGCUAUAUGGACAACCUACCAGACGAUGUUCUAUCAAACAUAUUCAUCAGAUUAUAAUCCAUUCAUAGCACGCCCCGUUCAUUCCCUCGAUAUCAAACCAACUAAUUUCAUAAAAUUUCCGGUCAAUUUCCAAUCUAAAAAUAGUUUUAAAUACCGCAAUGUCAUUGGAUCUGUGAACGGAUUAAUAUGCUUUAGUUACAACUUGUAUGAUGGUGGUUAUGUUGUUCACAUAUGGAACCCUUCUCUCUCAGCUGCAUUAACUCUCCCGCCAUGUUUAAUUAGCUCCUGUAAUUCAAGUAAAAUCCAUUUCCGAUUUGGGUAUGAUCCAAAAACCGAUGAUUACAAAGUUGUUAAGAUUACAUGCCUUUGUAACCCACGCAGAAUAGAACCCCAAGUUGAGGUUUAUAGCAUGAGAAAGGGUUCCUGGGAGUUGAUAUCUCAAACCUUUCCUUCACACAUCACAAUGAUUAUGGAUCAUGAUGAUGUUUGUGUAGAUGGUCAUAAUGGCCAUCUGCAUUGGUUUGGUUCUACUGGUUUGGAGUGGAAGCCAGAAACGAUAUUGGCAUUUGAUUUGGGUGCAGAGACAUUCAGUGAGAUACCUCCACCUCCAGAUUCUUUACUACAUCACCAUGGACACUGCUUCAGUGUGUUGGGAGUUUUGGGUGGAAAAUUUUGUUUGAUGUCAAGUGUUAGAGAUGGUAAAUGUGAGGUGUGGGGGAUGAAUGAGUAUGGGGUGGCUGAAUCAUGGGUUAAACAUCAUGAGUUUUCACAGUUUAGUGGUGAUACGCGUCUGUAUGGAUUCACAUCACAGAAUGAGUUUAUUUUUUAUGGUGGUGGUUGUUUCUGUUUGUAUGAUCCAGUUGCAGCCCGGAGUAAAAUCUUCAAGAUUAAGGGUGAUGGACAAUUCAUAACUAAGAUCGUGGAGUAUGUUGACAGUCUUGUUUGGGUAGCACCUGCUAAGCAUGAGCUGUCAAAAUGGCAUGUCUUGAUUUCUUUUUUGAAUAGUCAUUGGCUGUUAAAAGAGCUUCAAAAGGCAACAAAGGGCAUCUCUCAAUUUCUAUUUCGAAGACGCAUCAGCUCUUAA